AUGGGCAAUAGAAAUUGUUGUUUUGCUUAUAAAACACCACCGCCCGUCAGAAAACCACAUUUGGAUGGGACUCCCGUUGGAGAAACCAUAACAGACUGGAAGCAUAAUAGUCAUGCAAAUUUACCACACAUUAGUGAAAGAGAACCUGAAAAUUUUGAAGCUAAUCCUUCAAUACAUGCAAAAGCAGGAACUUUAUUCAUGGAAAGGUCCAAGGUCUCUGAGAAUGGAAUGGUCAGGAAGAAAAGUCUUAGUCAUAUUACAGAUGCAUGCAGGCUGAAAAAAAGCAAUUCAUGUUCUACCAUAUAUUUAGAUGAUAGCACAGUUUCUCAACCAAAUUUAAAAAACACAAUAAAAUGUGUAGCUCUUGCAAUUUAUUAUAAUAUUAAAAAUCGUACAUCCGAUAGACAACUCGAUAUAUUCGAUGAAAAAUUAUAUCCAUUAACUAAAGAUCCCGUUCCUGAUAAUUACGAUCAGCACAUUCCAGAGCAUAGGCAAAUAUAUAAAUGUAUUAGAACUUUAUUCGGUGCUGCUCAAUUAACAGCUGAAUGUGCCAUUAUAACUCUAGUUUAUUUGGAAAGGUUGUUAACGCUUGCUGAAAUAGAUAUCACUCCGGGUAAUUGGAAAAGAAUAGUUCUCGGAGCAAUUUUAUUAGCAUCAAAGGUUUGGGAUGAUCAGGCUGUGUGGAAUGUAGAUUAUUGUCAAAUAUUAAUAGAUGUUACAGUAGAAGACAUGAACGAAUUAGAAAGGCAGUUUUUGGAAAUGAUACAAUUCAAUAUAAAUGUGCCGUCCAGUGUUUAUGCCAAAUAUUAUUUUGAUCUCCGAACAUUAGCAGAAGAUAAUGAUUUGGCUUUCCCUGGUGAACCCCUGAGCAAGGAGAGAGCUGAAAAACUUGAAGCAAUGUCUAGGAAAUAUCAAGACAAAAUCGUAUUAAAUGCUUUAAAAAAUGCUAAAAAAUGGUCUAGUUUAGAUAAUAUUAGCAUGGGACAACCCAGGAGAAGCAUAGCAAUUUUGUCUUGA